AUGCCGCAGCCACGACACGACCAACUGGAACACUCUGACUACAGCGGCGUCUUGCAAGAAGCUGAGCAGGUCAUCAAACAAUGUUUUAAGCAGUUUAGCUUAGAGGAAGUAUUUCUAUCGUUCAACGGAGGCAAAGACUGCACAGUCCUUCUAGAUGUGACAAUGAAGGUCUUGCUAGAAAAUCAUAGAAAAGAAGAUGUGCAGAACAAAUUCAAAGUAGUUUAUAUUAGGAAUAACCAACCAUUCAGAGAAAUAGAAGAUUUCGUCAAAGAAAUACAGGCACAUUACGGGAUAACGCUGAGUGUAGCAGAAGGAGAACUAAAGAGCACGCUAAAGAAUAUUCUAGAACGCGAUGGGACCCUGAAAGCCUGCCUGAUGGGCACCAGAAGAACAGACCCUUACAGCAAAGAUCUCAAUUUUAUGCAGAAAACGGAUUCGAACUGGCCUCAGCUGAUCCGCGUGUCCCCGCUACUGAACUGGUCCUAUCACCAAAUAUGGAGUUACAUCAUUCGACAAAAAGUGCCUUACUGCAGCCUGUACGAUAAAGGGUACACAUCGAUAGGGAGUUCACACAACACUUGGCCAAACCCGGCGCUCGCGUACAAAGACCACAGCGGUGUUAUCUCGUACCGACCAGCGUGGCAGCUAUCCGACGCGUUCUUAGAACGAGCCGGUAGAACCAAGCCCUCUAGCAAAACCACCAAUGGACACGCAACCAACGGAGAGAACGGACACUCUCAUAGUAAUAGUAGUAAUGGGGACGCGCUCUAA